GUGUGUGUGUGUGUGUGUGUGUGUGUGUGUGGAGUCAACAUGAUACCGACAGACUCCAGCAGCCCGAGUUAGACUCCCUCUCCUCGGCGCACCUCCCUCUCCUCUCCCCGCAGACACGGAUAGCUGGAACCGGUUGGUGAAGAGUGCAGGUUGGAUCGCUGAAGAUCUGCUGCUGCCGCUCCUUCUCCUGUUUCAUCUCCUCUCCCCUCCCUCUCGCUCUGCUCACAUCAAUAUGGCCAGCGGGGAUGACGACGACCCCAUUAUAGAAGAGAUUGAUGUGUACCUUGCCAAAAGCCUUGCAGAUAAGCUGUAUCUUUUCCAGUAUCCUGUCCGACCAUCCACUAUGACCUAUGACGACGUCAACCACCUAGCAGCUAAGAUCAAACCCAAGCAGCAAAGGGUGGAGUUGGAAAUGGCCAUCAACACAAUGAGUCCAAACUACUGUCGCAGCAAAGGAGAGCAGAUCGCUCUGAAUGUAGACGGCACGGCUUACGAUGAAACCAACACCUAUUCAGCGAAAUUGAUGGAUAAACAGACCUUUUCCUCCAUCCAGGCCACCACCAACACUUCCAGAUAUGCUGCUGCUGUGUUUCGCAAAGGAGAGCUUCACGUCACACCUCUGACAGGAAUCCUUCAGAUGAGACCCAGUUUCUCUUACUUGGACAAAGCUGACAACAAAACCAGAGAGAGGGAGGCGGCCAAUGAAGGUGGAGAUUCCUCACAGGAUGAGGCUGAGGAGGACGCCAAGGCCAUCACGGUGAGGUUUGCUCGUCCAGAAUCAGAGCAGGCCCGACAGAGGAGGAUCCAGUCGUACGAGUUCCUCCAGAAGAAGCAGGCGGAGGAGCCGUGGGUUCACCUGCACUACCAUGGUGUCAAGGAUGGGCGCUCAGAUCAUGAAAGGCAGUACCUGUUCUGCCAGUCGGUGGACGCCUCAGAGAACUCUGAACUGGUCAAAACUCCUAAGGAGUAUCUGGCAAUGCUGAUGCCUCCUCUUGCAGAGGAAAAAGUUGUGAAGCCUGUCGGUCCCAGUAAUGUGCUGUCCAUGGCUCAACUCCGCACUCUGCCACUGGGAGACCAAGUCAAGACGCUGAUGAAGAAUGUCAAGGUGAUGCCGUUUGCUAACCUGAUGGGACUGCUCGCCUCUGGCACAGACUCGACAUCAGCGCUGCGCUGCAUCCAGCAGGUGGCGCUGCUGGUUCAGGGGAACUGGGUUGUCAAGAGUGAUGUUCUGUAUCCUAAAAACACCUGCAGUCCUCACAGUGGUGUCCCUGCUGAAGUGCUCUGUCGUGGCAGAGACUUUGUGAUGUGGAGGUUCACUCUGGAGCGCUCUGUGAUGAGAAAAGAGAUUACAUCCAUCAUCAAACUUCCUCCAGAGGAUGUGAAGGAGUUCCUGGAACAUGUGGCAGCUCCUCGAGUGAACCGGGGCUGGGAGUUCCUGUUGCCUACUGAUGUAGACUUCAUUAAGAAACACCCAGAUGUUGCCCACAGGCAACACAUGCUGUGGCUUGGCAUCCAGAGCAAGUUGGAAAAAGUCUUUAACUUCUCUAAAGAAGACUUCAUGCCAAAGAAUUCCCCUCAGCCUGAGCCUGUCCAUGUUAGCGGGGAGCAGCGUCUGAAGGUGGCUCAGGAGCGUGCGCGAGAAAACCAGUCGUCGCUACAGAAGGACCUCGACACCAAACGGGCAGGAAGCAGCGUCCACGUCAAACAGGAACCCGUUAGCGAUCGGGAAGACGAACCUAUGGACACCUCUUCCCCCUCCUCCUCCGCCAUCCCCAACGGUUCAGUCAAUGGUUACCCCAGUGCCACCUCCCCCAGCUUUGACCACACUAACGGUAACGGAGGGAGUCCCGCCAACACGUCGUCCCCGGAGCUGCAGGACUUUGUGAUAAAGACUUUCAGGAAGCAUUUUGUAGUGACGCUGAAUGAGUUUAAGAGGCUGUUAAACCUCCACCUGGCUUCCAUGCCGGUGGGACGGAGCGUCUUCCACUCCAUCUCGGACCACAUGCUGCAGGAGGCCAUACUGCUCAGCCACUGCAAACAGAUAAUGGUGCCUUUCCCUGCUCAGACCACAGCAGCUGCCGAUGAACAGAAGGUGUUUGGUCUGUGGGAGACCGGAGAGGAAUUCGACAAGCACCGCCGGCUGCUGUUUGACCUGUUCACGAAGAACUACCGGGUCAGGAGGAACAUGAUACAAGCCAAACUGGCUCAGGAGUUGGGAGAAGUCUCUAAGGCGGAGAUUGACCGGCUGCUCAAUGAGUGCUGCAGCAGCCACGCAGGGAUGUGGUACCUCAAGGGAACGAUACAGUCCUGACACUAAGAUCCCGCCCCCUGCGGUCACUGUCAGCCAAUCAAAUCCUCUCCCAGGUGUCCCAGUGGGAGGGCAGACAGACAGAUGAGAAGCCAAUCACAGCUCGCCCAGCUCUGAGGGAGGGCGAUUGGAGAACAAAGAUGUCAGCCGUCUGCUCUGCUCAGAACACGAAGCUUUUCUCGUUUCAGCUGAAACAUUUCUGACAUUAACAUGAGCUCUCUGAUGCAGCGUGGAGGAUGGAAACUCCUCACAUACUCUCACUAAGAGCUGGAGUGUCUGAGGGGGGGGAAGUAUGAAUAUAAACAAAUGAAGAAAUAGCAAGAUAUAUAUAUAUUAUAUAUACGGUUUAUCAGUAGAUUUUUUGGAUUUAUCACCUCAUGUUUGAUUAGUUUUGAAUUUAACUUUUACCAGAUCAGGAUGGUGUUUACUGUUGAAAGCAACUGUGGCUCAAAGUGCUUUCGUUUUACUCCUGAUAAACUGUAACUUCUGCCAGAGACGUGUUUUACUUUAUCAUAUCACCAACAAAGCAAAUAUUGUUUAAGGGCCUCUAAAGAAGCAAUCCUGAUUUAUAUUUCAUCCAGAUCUGACUUUGUUUAGGAACAUUGACUGAAUAAGAGCAUUUAUUCCUCCUUCAGUAUCUACAUAAACGAGGUGAGCUUUAAGGUUGAAUGAUACAGUUUCUUAAUUAAAACUUGUGGAAGCACUUGAACAGACGUUGCCAAACUCAUGAGUCAGCAAACCUGAAACAAAAAGGGAAAAAAAAACAUCUAAUGAUGCAAAAACAAGCAAAAAGUCCUUAAUAUCGUUUCACUCAUGUUGUACAACGGAGGUGUUUUUGGCAAUCAUUGACCCGGAGACGCUUACAUCCAAUGUGGCUUUUCCCCACAUUCCUGUAUUAUUCACUUGAAUGUGUACUGAAAUAUAAGUUUAAAGAAGAAAAAAAGUGGAUUAAAUGGUUUGUUUCUGGUUGAUUGUACAAAGUUUCAAAUGGUUUUCCUUUAUGAGAGAGGCUGGUUUUGACUGAAAAGCCAAUAAAGAUGCAAUUUUGAAUAAAGUUCUGUCACAUUUUGAUCAUAAAUCUGUUGGGAUUUGAUCCGUCGUGCAAACAAAAGUGGAAACGGAUGUGUGUAUGGACUCGAUCGUGGUCCUUGCACCAUCGUCUGGGGUUGUUGCUAUGGAUACGCCGGUGUAUCGUCAUGUGCUGCUAUGUCGAGCCUCCAUCUAAAGUGCCUCUGCCUCACGAAGGCGUUCAGGACAAACUCCCACCCACUCAUAUACAGAGUAACAGUAAUGCUUUGAUUCUCGCUGACAUCCAUUUGAAUCCAUUUCUAAAGAGUGAAAAUGUGAAUAAAGUGAUUUUCAUUUCAGGCAAAAUCUUUCGUGGUACAUCAUCUAAUUACGACAGCUGUAUUCUUUUUCAUUGGUUUGUUCAAUAAACACUCGUUAAGUUGU